AUGCGGUUCAGCAGCCUGUUGUUGCUCGCCGCCGCCGGCCUCGCUGCCGCCGAGGACGGCCUGAAUGCCUGGCUGCGCUAUGCCCGCAUCCAGGGCGCGAAGGGCUUCCAUAACAAGCUCCCUUCUGCGAUCGUCACCCUCAACGCCACCGAAGGCUCGCCCGUUUACACGGCCGGUAAGGAGCUCGUCCAGGGUCUUGAUGGCAUCUUCGGCAAGCAGGUCAAGCACCUGGAUGGCAGCUCUCGCCAGAAGCAGCCCGCUACGGUGGCCAUUGUGGCUACCGUCAACGCCUAUGUCGACGCCAAUCCGGCUGCCGCAAAGAGGAUCCCUCAGUUGGCCGAUGACGGCUUCUACCUUGAUGUCUCUAAUGGAAACGUCCUAAUUCUCGGCCAAAACGAGCGCGGCGCUCUCUAUGGCGCCUUCCACUAUCUCAACCUGCUUGCCCAGGGCAAGGUCUCCAAUUACAAGAUCACUUCGAACCCGGACGCGCCAAUUCGUUGGGUCAACCAGUGGGAUAAUAUGCAGGAUGGCGGCACACACGGCAGUGUCGAGCGUGGUUACGGUGGCAAGUCAAUCUUCUUUUGGGAUGGGAAGGUCCGCGACGACUUGACGCGUGUGCGCCUGUACGCCCGGCUGCUGGCAUCUAUUGGAAUUAAUGCUGUUGUUGUCAACAACGUCAACGCCGACCCGAACCUGCUGAAGCCCGAGAACAUGGACGGGCUGGCCCGUAUUGCCAAUGAGAUGCGCCCGUAUGGCGUGCAGCUCGGCCUGGCGCUCAACUUUGCCUCUCCGCAGACGCUGGGCGGUCUUGACACCUUCGACCCGUUCGAGCAGAAGGUCGUCGACUGGUGGCAGAACAUCGCCGACGAGCUGUACAAGCGCAUCCCUGACAUGGCGGGCUAUCUGGUUAAGGCCAACUCGGAGGGCCAGCCCGGCCCGAUGACGUACAACCGGACUCUGGCUGAUGGCGCCAACAUGUUUGCGCGCACAGUCAAGAAGUACGGCGGUGUUGUGCUGUUCCGUGCGUUCGUCUACAACCACCAGACUCUCAACCAGGACAAGGACUGGAAGGCCGAUCGUGCCAAUGCCGCUGUGCAGUAUUUCGACGGCCUGGACGAGAAGUUUGAGGACAACGUCGUCAUCCAGAUCAAGUAUGGCCCGAUCGAUUUCCAGGUGCGCGAGCCCGUUUCGCCUCUCUUCUCGCAUCUGCGCAAAACGGCCACCGCCAUCGAGCUCCAGAUCACGCAAGAGUACCUCGGCCAGCAGGCGCACCUCGUGUAUCUGGCGCCGAUGUGGAAGGAAAUUCUGGACUUUGACUUCCGUGUCGAUGGCAAGCGCUCUGUGGUGACGGACAUUCUUAAUGGCAAGCGGUUCAACCGUAAGCUGGGUGGCUACGCUGGUGUGGCCAACGUCGGCACCAACACGACCUGGCUAGGCAGCCACCUGGCUAUGUCGAACCUCUAUGCCUUCGGCAAGCUGGCGUGGAACCCGUCGCAGACACCGGUCAGCAUCCUGCAGGAGUGGAUCAAGCUCACUUUUAGCGAUGACCCGAAGGUGCUUGACGUCAUCACCAAGAUGUCGAUGGCCUCGUGGCCUGCAUACGAGAACUACAGCGGCAAUCUUGGCAUUCAGACGCUGACGGACAUCCUCAACGGACACUACGGCCCCAACCCGGCCUCUCAGGACGGCAACCCGUGGGGCCAGUGGACACGCGCCGAUGCCGAUAGCAUCGGCAUGGACCGUACCGUGUGGAACGGUACCGGUUUCGCGGGUCAGUACCCGCCGGAGGUUGCUGCCAAGUACGAGAAGCCCGAGACGACCCCGGACAACCUGCUCCUCUGGUUCCAUCACGUGCCAUACACCUACCGCCUGAAGUCGGGAAAGACGGUCAUUCAGCACUUCUAUGACGCGCACUACGAGGGUAGUGCGACGGCCCAGACAUUCCCCAAGCUAUGGGAGUCGCUCAAGGGCCGGCGCGGCAUCGACCAGGAGCGCUACGAGCACGUGCUCUUCCGUCUUGUCUACCAGGCGGGCCACUCGCUCGUCUGGCGCGACAGCAUCAACAACUUUUACUUCAACAAGAGCGGCAUCCCCGACGCCAAGGGCCGCGUCGGCAACUACCGGUACCGUAUCGAGGCCGAGAAGAUGGACCUUAAGGGCUACCGGCCGUACGACGUUCACCCGUUCGAGUCGGCGUCUGGCACCAAAUGCAUCGUGACGGAGACGAACUCGACCGUGGGCGUCGCGUCGACCGUGCUGAGCAACAUCAAGACAGGCCGGUACGAUGUCGCGGUGAAUUAUUAUGACCUUGCGAUCGGCAACUCGACAUGGGAGCUGUUCAUUGACAACCAGCGUGUGGGCAAGUGGAAGGGAGAUCUCGAGUAUACGUUGGGCAAGGCACCGACGUUAUAUAUCGAUGGGCAAACGGCGACGAGGAUCACGUUUAAGGGGGUGAAGGUUAAGAAGGGUAGCGUGCUCAAGAUUGUGGGCACGCCGGACGGGCAGGAGCCGGCGCCGGUGGAUUAUGUGUCGAUUCUACCGGAGGGGAUUGUUGAUUGA